AUGGGAUCUGUUCGAAAGUCUACCGGGUAUUCCUCUCGACGGCCCGACUUCCGAAGACAACUACAAUGUGCGUUGAGCCUGUCCUCGUUUGAGACCGAGGAGCAGUACGACAGUAUUGGUCAUAGCUACGAAGACCAGAUUGACCCUGCGUUGUUUCCGACUACUCAAACGGCGGAAAAGAUUGAAGAACAGACAGACCUGCUAAGAGAUCGCGACAUGAUAGCCCUGGAAUGCGUCGCAGAGCUAGGUGUGCGAAUGAAGAAUGUGGAAGAUUCCAUGAACAACCAAGAAAAUGUGAAUUAA